AUGGAACAAAUCAAUAAUCGGUCCGGUGACUGCAGGGUACAAGCUCAAAGUUUCGUAAUUGUAAUUGUAAAUAUUGUAAUUGCAUGCAGGCUUAAGGGGAAGGUGGCAGUUAUAACCGGGGGAGCAAGAGGAAUUGGAGCCGCAACCGCGAAACUAUUCUACCAACAUGGUGCUCAUGUGGUGAUCGCGGACAUAUUAGACGAACUAGGGUCGGCCCUAGCCGAUUCCAUAGAAGGUUACUACUUGCAUUGCGACGUAUCGAAUGAAUCCGACGUGGAAUCGGUUGUGCAAUUCGCGGUGUCGUGGAAAGGGAGGUUAGACAUCAUGUUCAACAAUGCGGGAAUCCCAGGACCCUCGGGUAGCAUAACAAACCUAGACACGAAAACCACGAAUGGAGUCUUAGGAGUGAACUUGAACGGGGUAGUUUAUGGGAUAAAACAUGCGGCUAGGGCUAUGAUCAAUGCGGGCCGAGGUGGUUCGAUCAUAUGCAUGUCUAGUUCGGCUGCUCUUAUGACCGGACUGGCCUCACACGCGUACACUCUUUCAAAGCAAUCUAUCAUAGGGAUCGCGAAGAGCUGCGCAUGCGAGCUCGGGGCUCACGGGAUUAGAGUGAAUUGCGUGUCGCCACAUGGGGUCCCUUCCGAGAUGCUUGUGGGGGCUUAUCGAAGUGUUUUUGGGAACGAUAGUUUGAGUGUUGACGAUGUUAGGAAGAUUGUAGGGGAAACAGGUAGUCUUUUGCGUGGGAGAGGUGCCACUAUGGAAGAUGUCGCGUACGCGGUCAUGUUUCUCGCGAGUGGAGAGGAAGCGGGGUUUAUAACCGCGCAAAAUCUUGUUGUGGAUGGAGGAUUUACUUCUGCAUCCACUCAACAUGACGCGGUUUCUCUUCUCUAUCGUUCUUAA